CGCCAAGGGAAGAUCAAUCCGGAUUCUGGUAUGCUAUCAGGAGAACGGUCGCGUCUACAUUGUUGGACGGUCAGAGGACAGAGCCCCGUCAGUCCAUCAAGGAAACCCAGGCCGCCUUACCUGCCGCCAAAGGAAGUCUUGAGUUCCUGUACCUCGAUCUUUCCAACCUAACCAACAUCAAGCCCGCAGUUGAUGUUUUCAGGGCCAAAGACCAAAGACUGGACAUUCUCUGGAACAAUACCGCCGUGUCUCAGCCGCCCUCGGCAGCACGUCAAAGCAGGGCAUCGAACUUCAACUCGCCACCAACUGCCUAGGUCCUUUUCCGCCAACCCAUCUUUCCCCGGCUCUGCUCGAGGCAACGGUCGCCGCUCCCGGCUCCAUCCCGGAUUUUGUCCGGGUCGUCUGAACUUCUAACCAGAUUAUGGAGCUCUCUGCGCCGAAGGGGGAUCAUCAUGUCCGAGAUCGGUUCUCCGCCCCGCGACGUUGGGAGGAACUACACAAACUCCGAGACGGCCAC